UUAGCUCCCGAUCAAUGAGAACUUGUUAGUAAUCGUCAACUCUUUUGGAUCUCGCCAUUUUCACGGAGGCGCUUCGCUCCUGCGGACUGUUUUUGGGGGGCUUUCUUUCUUACUGGUAUGUGAAUCGUUUUCAAAAAGCUUUCCGACGAACGCGACAGCAAUGAUGACAUCCAAAGAAGUGGCCAAGUGCGACGCGGCGGAGAACAGGAGGCGAAGUCCGCUGGACCACCUGCCGCCCCCGGCCAACUCCAACAAGCCGCUGACCCCCUUCAGCAUCGAGGACAUCCUCAACAAGCCGUCGGUGAAGAGAAGUUACACCAUUUGUGGCACCGCUCAUCUCAUCUCGUCCACGGAGAAGCACCGAGCGUCCAGCAUCCCGCUGACCAGCCGGCCGCUGCUCACGCAGACGUCGCCGCUGUGCGCGCUGGAGGAGCUGGCCAGCAAGACCUUCAAGGGACUGGAGGUCAGCGUGCUGCAGGCGGCCGAAGGCCGGGAUGGAAUGACUCUGUUCGGCCAGAGAACGACCCCGAAGAAGCGUCGGAAGUCCCGAACCGCCUUCACCAACCACCAGAUCUACGAGCUGGAGAAGCGCUUCCUCUACCAGAAGUACUUGUCCCCGGCGGACCGGGACCAGAUCGCGCAGCAGCUGGGCUUGACGAACGCUCAGGUCAUCACGUGGUUCCAGAACCGCAGGGCCAAGCUAAAGCGCGACCUGGAGGAGAUGAAGGCGGACGUAGAGUCGGCCAAAGCCAUCGGUCAGGUGCCGCUGGACAAGCUCGCCAAAUUGGCCGAUCUGGAGAAAUGCGCCAACGGCACGCUGGGUCACCCCCGCCCCGAAUCUCCCUGCACCCGGGCGGGUCAGCAGGAGCUCAGGACCUCACCCAUGUCUCCAUUCUCUGACCACACGACGAGCAAGGAGUGUUCCGAGGACGAGGACGAGGAGAUCGACGUGGACGACUGA